GCGUCGCGGGCCGGGGAGCAGCGGGGGUGCCUGGAGUUCCGCGGCGGGUGGAGGCCCAGCGCCGAGGCCCACCUCCCACAGCGCCCCCUGCGCGCGCUGCCGGGCGCGGCGCUGCGCGUGCGGGGGCUGCUGCGCCUCGACGUCGCCGACCAGCCGUUGGCGGUGCUGCCCGCGCAGGGGUGGGGGCAGCUGGCUGGGCUGCGGCGCCUGAGCUUCUGCAACACGCGGCUGCGCGAGCUGCCGGACGAG